CUGACCGUUCAGCGCCUUACGGUCCAUAGGAACACCAGCACCUAGUGUACUAGGCUGCCUACCUUCAGAGGGUCCUCCCCAUUUCUGGUUCGCGUAUUGGACCUCAGAGUGACUCUGUCCUCUCCCCCCGUAUUGGGGUUCUGGGGGCCUUGGUCUUCUAUUUACCAAUAAUUGCUUAUCGUUUGAGCGACCUCUGUGUCCGUAGCAGCCAGCUGUGUCGGUCGUCCGAGUCAGACUCUGCCUAUGUUCCGAUAUUAUCCAUUUGCUGCAAUCCUUGCGGCCUUCAUUCUCCUGGUCCUGCUGCCGCUGCUUCUGCUGCUUCUGCUUCUGCUUCUGUUGCACUUGCAUUCGCAUUUGCAGCUGCUUCUCCUCUUCCUGUUCCUGUUCCCACUACAGAUGCAGUUGUUCCUGCUGCAACUGCGUUUAACUGCUGAUGGCGCAAACGCUGCUGCUGUUGCGAUUGCAUUUACCACUACUGCAGGACCUGGUGCAUUUGUUGCAGGUGCUGCUGCUGUGGCUGUUAAAACUCAGUCUGUUGUUGCUGCACCUGCUGCUGCUGUUGUUGCUGUAGCUGCUGCUUCUGUUGCAGCUGCGGUUGUCGUCGUAGCUGCAUCCUCUGCCGUCGGGGAUCGUUAUCCUGUUGCAGCUGUUGCUGCGGCUGCUGCUUCUGCUGUAGAUACUGUUGUGCCUCCUGCUCAUGAAUCUGCUGUUGAUGAUGUGGGAACUGUUGCUGGUGCAGAAGCUGCUUCUGAUAUUGGUGCUGCAAAAGUUGUUGCUGCUGUAGCUGCUGCUGCUGCUGGUGGUGCUGCUGCUGAUGCUGCUGCUGCAACAACAUCGUCUGCUGGUUUUGUCGCCCGCGCCCAGAUCACAUUUAAUUUAGCUGCUGUUGAGGCGGGGCAGUGGGGGCUGGCAAGCCCGUCAGCGGCCGGAGCUGCAGCAGCUGUUGCUGCUUUAGAUCCUGCUGUUGGUGGUGAUGCUGCAACAACGCCUGCUGGCUUUGCCGCUCCUCCUCUGCUUGGAUAUGCUGCUCUUGCUGUUGUACUAGCUGCUUCUGGUGUCGCUGCUAAAAUAUCUCCUCUGGCUUUUACCUCUCAUGCUCUGACUGCAGCUGCUGCUGUUGUUGCACCAUCAGCUGUUGCUGCUGCAUUUGCUACUGUAACAGCUGUUGCUGCUUUUGUGGUUUUGCCGUUGUUGCUGUACUUGAAUCUGCAGCUGUUGCUGCUUUUGCGGCUCGUGCUCUGAUUGCAGCUGCUGCUGUUGUUGUUGUUCCAUCAGCUGUUGAGCUAGGAGCUAUUGCUGCUGCAAUAGCACCUGCCAGUGGUGGUUUUGCUGCGCUUGCUCCACUUGCAUCUGCUGCUGUUGUUGUCGAAUUACCAUCGUUUGGUAUUGCUGCUGCAACAUCGCAUGAUGUCCUCUUGCGGCUCCUGUCUUAGUAAUUCUUUUCUCUGGUACUGUUGUCGGUGCAACAGCUAUUGCUGCUGCAAUAGCGUCUUGUGCUGUUAUUGAAUA